ACAAAUAGCUCCUUUAAACUAAAAUAAUAUAAAAUAAAAUGGGCAAGGUAAAAGAAAAAACCAUGUCACCUUGUCAAAUAGUUUGCAUGCUGUUCUUUUAAGUCACAUGUUUCAUAAAAGUGAAAGUAAGACCAGGAGUGGGAGGAUAAUUUCAUACUGCACAUAAACACAUUUGAGUAUUUUUCCUAGUGACUGUCUGCAUUACCAGGAUCAGUCUAAAGGCUCAGACUGUUUCUCUUUGUCCCAACACAGCAAGCAAUGGGAGGAAACACAUCUAAAUCUGUUGAACCUGCUGAAUCUCCUUUUUUUGAUGAAUCAUGGAGAAAUGUAAACUGGGGAGACAAACAGCACGAUCUGGACUAUGUGAAGAAUUACAAACCUCACAUUGAAGGUCAGCAGCUCAGGAUUCUUCUUCACGGUCCAGGUGGAGCUGGAAAAUCCAGUUUCAUCAACUCUGUACAAAGUGUCUUAUUAGGCAGAAUGUACAUACAGGCUUUGGCAGAUAACACCUUUCAUGGAUGUUUCACAAAACAGUACUCAACCUUCAGGAUCCAAAGAGAAAACCCAGAGACCUUUUACUCUUUUGUCUUCAAUGACAUCAUGGGCCUGAGCCAACAGAAAGGUGUCCUGGUCGAUGAUGUCAAACUGGCUUUGUCAGGACAUGUGAAGGAAGGUUACGUGUUCAAUCCUGAAUCUAAAUUGCCAGAGGAGAACGAGUUCUACAACAAAUCUCCAACUGUCAACGACAAAGUGCACGUUCUGGUUUGUGUUGUUCCUGCUGACACAUUGCCUACGAUGAACAACGAAACUGUGCAGAAAAUUCGGGAUAUCAGAUUGGAAGCCAGUCGCCUGGGGAUUCCUCAAGUGGCCAUUCUCACCAAAGUUGAUCAGGCCUGUCUAGAGAUCAGGAGAGAUUUAAAGAAUGUCUACAGGAGCAAGUACAUGAAGGAGAAGAUGCAGAAGUUCAGUGCAGACGUGGGUAUACCCAUGAACUGCAUCUUUCCUGUCAAGAACUACCAUGAAGAAAUCAACCUCAGUGAUGAUACUGACACUCUAAUCCUGAGUACCAUGAGACACCUCAUCAACCACGGAGAGGACUGCAUCAACAGGAAAGCUGCGUAGUAUUUGUUUGUCUGUUUGCAUUGUCAUCUGUCUGUAAAACAUUUUGUUUCAGUUUUUUUUUUUUUUUUAACAUAGAAUAUGGGAUGUUUAAAGCAUUCAGAUUUUAAAGGGUUAUUUUGGCUGCCUGUGGCUGGGGUUAUGUUAUUAUAUAUUCAGUUAUAUUUAUCUUUCAUAAAUUCAGCUCUGGUAAUAAUGAAAAUAUUCAGUCUUCUCUGCUCAUCACAGGGUUACAGCACCUCCUACAGGCUGCAGGACAUUACAAUACAUCACAGCUUAGGGGUAAUUCUUAAGCAACAGGCUGAUAAAUGACAAUCAUGACUUGAGAAAUUAUUAACAAUACUACUAUUUUUAAGUUAAUAAUGGUUAAUUAUGGUAUUCCAUUUUCACUUCUCCUUGUGUUGCUCUUCUGUGGUAAAUGAGUCAACCACAUUUUUUAUUAAUGUAUCUGGACACUGUUGUUUGAGCUCUUUAAGGACUAAAGAUGAAGGUCAUGAGUCCACUAAAUGGACUUGUGGUGAGACUGAUUAGAAUAAAUAUAAUUAAAUUUGCAUAUUUUCACAGACUCACUCUGAAACUCUCAGCAAAAUCUUUUGAGGUGAAAAAAUCUUAUUAAGUUCUUCAGAAAUGACAGACAUGACAUUUUCUGUGAAAUUAGACAUUAUUCAGAGUCUUGUCCAGUCAAAUCUUAUUAGACAGCUCCAGCAGAGGGUGGCAUCCUGGUAUUUACUGUGGGUUUCCAGUUGCUUCAGUCUUAUUAUAGUCAGGGUUUUACAUUUGCAUUAGUGGAAAUAUACAUUUAUAUCCACAAGGGAACAGAACCAGUUAAUUGUAUAAAUGUGCUAAAUACUUCAAAAUAUACUUAUAACUUUUCAUUGGUGGAAACUAUUCAAAUGGUACAAAAAAUUGUCCACAUUAUCAAAACCUGCUCAAAAUAAAUAUUAUCUGCCUUCUUUA